CCAUGCUCUUUUCAUAGUCAAAACUCGACAAAGGGGAAAAGCAAAACAAACCAAAGCAAGACUCUAGUUUCUUUCUGUCCUGAAAACAACGCGCGGCAACAUAAUCCCAGAAAAACACAAAGUUCUGAUUCUUCAUUCUUGUAUUUGUAUUUCUACUUGCCAAUAAAAACUUUGUGAUCAUUCUCCAACGUGAACCCACCCAACAACAACAACCAUGAUGACAGACGAGGAAUUGUUGCAGAAACUUGAAGACUUAACCAAAAACGCCCAACACCACCACUUGGAGACUCUCCGCUCGAUCCUUCUUCACAAUGGAAUCGUGCACUAUCUUCAAUCCUUCAAGAAGGGUUCUCUUCUUCAUCUUGAUCCAUCAACUUUCGCACGUGUCGUGCCCUUGUCCACGUAUGAGGACUACGUUGACUACAUUAACCAGAUGGCAGAAGGGAAAGAUGACCCUUUUCUCUCCGUUGACCCUCUCCGCUGCUUCUUUUACAGCUCGGGAACAAGUUCAAGCACCAUGAAACCGAAAUUGAUCCCUUACUUUGAUUCAAGCCUUUCCAAAGCUGCCUCCUUUAUUGGUCACCGAGGCAGUGUUGCUGUUCGUCAAAGGCUAUUUCCUCCAAGGCCAGAAGUGAACAAGAUCCUAUGGUUUCUCUAUGCUGACAACAUUACUACCACUAAAUGUGGCUUGAAAGUCAUGGCUGCAUCUACAUACCCUUUGCAAAGUGGUAAUGCUACCCCUCAACAACUUGCUGCCUUUUCCAGUCCCCUAGAAGUGAUUCUUGCCACUAAUGUUGAGAAUCAAAUGUACUGCCACCUUCUAUGUGGCCUUAGGAAUCUUGACCUUAUAGAUGGAAUUGCAACCCCUUAUGCUAUAGGCUUGAUUAAAGCAUUUGGUUUUUUGGAGUCCAAGUGGGAGCAGCUAUGUGAUGAUCUUGACCAUGGAUUUCCAUGUAAUGAAAUUUCUGAGGGGGCAAUGAGGGAAGCUGUGACCAACACACUUGGUGGACCUCAGCCAGAAUUGGCAAAUAGAAUAAGGUUAAUCUGUGAAGGUAAUAACUGGGGCGGAAUUGUGUAUAGAUUGUGGCCAAACAUUCGUUAUAUUAGGUGUGUUACCACUGGAAGCAUGAAGCAGUACUACCAAAAGCUCAAGUAUUAUGCAGGAGAGGUACCUAUUUUAGGAGGAGAUUAUUUUGCUUCAGAGUGCUGUGUUGGUCUAAAUUUAGACAUAAUGCAACCCCCUGAGACAACACGGUUUGUGAUGCUUCCAACUUUUGCCUACUUUGAGUUUCUUCCAUUUAACAUAAAUGAGGACAAUGAUGCUAGCAAGGAAGCUGUGGACUAUAGCAGUGUAGAGGUUGGCAAGAUGUAUGAAGUGGUUGUUACUACUUACAGAGGAUAUUACCGAUACCGUUUGGGCGAUAUAGUGAGAGUUGUUGGUUUCUAUAAUUCAUCUCCACUAGUAGAGUAUGUGAUGAGAGCACCUAAAACUCCUGCUGAGAUUGUGACUGAGAAGGACUUGAUUUCAGCAGUUGAAAAUUUUCAACUUGCACUUAGAGGUGCUAUGAGAAUUGAGAUUGUUGAGUUUGCAAGUUUCUUGGACCAGGAGUCAAUGCCGAAGCAGUUGAAGGUAUUUGUGGAAGUCCAAGAGGAAUCUGAUUUUCUGGAGGAUAAGCUAGAGGAAUCAGUUAGAGUUUUGAGAAGUUGUAUCUCCUCUCUUGAGAGUGGGUUGGGAGCUAUAUACAAGGUGCAGAAGGAUAAAGGUCAACUAAGGAGCUUACGGAUAUUCAUCAUAAGGCCUGGAGCUUUUGAUCAGUUAUCAGAAUUAGCCAUUAAAAAUGGAACAUCAGCUAGUCAAUAUAAACCACCCAAGAUCAUAAGGAAUCAUGAAGUUGUCAAACUCUUGGAAAAAUUAGCCUUUGUGGCAGUAUCAUUCGAUGGCUAAUAAUACGUAGUGAAUGGAAUGAAUUUCUACCAAUACCUCUAUCCCCACCCUAUGAAAUUCAACUCUCCUGAGGAAUGCCAAUUUCAAUCUGAUUACAUAAAGAUACUUGUAAUUGAAAGAUUAGUUGUUUGGGUGACAACUGACAAGAUAAUGCGUGUUUUCAAGAAGUCAAUGCAUUUAGGGAAGCUUUGAUAUUCUUUAUCAAACUGCUGCAAGGGAAAAAAAUUACAUUUGUUGUUUUGGUGGUUAAGUUUACCUUGUAAAUUAAUUACUUGUAAACCAUAUAACUUCAAUAAAUUUGAGUUCUUAUUUUCGAAUGCUAUAAAAUGUUUUUUUUCCUUUGCAGA